AUGAGUGACGACAGCUUGAGUAUUGACGAAGCCGAAGAUGGUAUUCAAGUUUACUUUGAUGAAAUCAAAGAGAAGGACAAACUCUUACGUGAUGCCGUCUAUAAUCUUUCCAAGGCUUCAUCAAAGGAACAACGUGAUACUCUAAUUAAAAAAGCAGAGUCAGCCUAUAAAGGAGCAAAGGAAAAUAUUUCCUUCGCAAAGGAUGAUUUGAAUGAUUAUACAGGAAAUAAGAAGAGGACUUUCCAACAAGAAUUGAAAAAGCUGGAACAAUCCGUAUCUAAGAAUUAUGCUGAUUUGACUCAAAUCAAGGAAAAUAGAGAACCUGCUGCUGGAAGUGCUUCACCUGCUAAUUCAACAACAAGUUCUUCAGGUAAUAGAAAGCCAACAAAGACAUCUGGAUCAACUAAUGAUGUUCCAUCAGCUGGUAAAAGUUCUGGUACAAAGAAUCAACCAAAGAGGAAUGAUGAUCAUGAUGAAAUUCAAAUUACCAAUCUUGAUGAUGAUGAUAAUGGAGGCGGUUCAGGACCAAAACAAAUGCAAAAAGGUCACUCUAGAGUUGAUGAGGUACUCGAUAUUUAUGAUAAGAAUAAUGACAUGCUUAACAAUAUGAUCAAGAUGGGUGAUGAAAUGAUUCAAGUUGGUGCUGCAGCUGCCGAAAAACUUAGACAACAAACUGAAAGAAUGAAUGCAAUUCAAAAGGAUUUGGAUGAUCUUGGUGAUGGUUUAAAGAGAGCCAAGAAGGAACUUAAUGCCUUUAUGAGAGGUACUGCAUGUGAUAAGGCUGUUGUCAUUAUCUUUAUUAUUGUAAUUAUUGCUAUGGUUCUUUUAAUUAUUGGGUGGCAAAUUGCCAAGUAUUUCUGUAUCAAGGGUUCUACUAACAAAUGUAUUGCCGGUUUCACUGCAUCUAAUACUACCUCUCUUCUCACAUUUAUGGGCUUUGGAUCAGAGAAUAAGGCUCCUGCCGUUCCAACUCUUCCUCUUAUAGAAGUAAUCAACAUUCCCACAUCUGAAGUUCCAAUAUUAAGAGAAAUGAAAAAAAUAGAAUAA